AUGAAGGGACUCAGAAGGCUGGUGGCAACAACCUUGGCUCUUUUUCUAGUGUUUUCUUUCUUAGGAAAUUCCAGCAGUGCGCCACAGGGGCUCUUUGAGCGAAGGAACUGGACUCCUCAAUCUAUGCUGUAUCUGAAGGGCGCACAGGGGCGUCGCUUCAUCUCGGACCAGAGCCGGAAGAAGGACCUCUCCGACCGGCCGCCGCCGGAAAGACGCAGCCCAAAUCCCCAACUACUAACCCUUCUGGAGGCAGCAGCUCUGCUCUUGGCUUCCUUGCAGAAACCACAAGAAGUUGGAGAAGAAAACUUUGAUCAAACCCGAGUCCUAGAAGACAGUCUACUAAACUGGUGAAAAUAGACCAGAUUACAUUCAAAAACAGUUGCAUUCUUGUUGAAAACAUGAACCAUGUAAAUAAAGCCCUUGGACGCUUUUUGCUUCCACUGCAAUAUUAGGAACAUGCAUAACCAAUUUUAUUCUUUCCAGAAGCAAAGGUAAUGUAGGGUUCUUAGCUGGGGACAGCAUGGCCUUCUUUCAUUGCUUCAGGCCCUGUUUAGGUCACCUUGUGUCUUAUUCCCAUUCAUAAUUAUAAUGCUGGAGACUCUUUAGAGUGUGCUUUCUAUUUGUUACAAGUAUCCGUCUUGAUCUGGUGAGUCCUAGUUGUUGACUUUUUCAUUCCUUUACCCCUUGCAUUGUCAUGCACUCAGCAGCAAAUCUCCCUCUCCUUUUCUGCCCAUCUCGGGAGAAGCAUGGCACAAUGGGAAAGAGAAGAGUGUAUCCUGUUAGUAGUUCAUCUUGGAGACCUAAGUUGUUAAGAAGGGAAGAGGGAAGGAGGUGACUGGGAAGCAGCCCUAUGAUAAGAACACUUCAUUGUAGUUGUUGGGGGGGGGGCUGUGAGGCUGGUAGAAGUUUCCACAGUGGGGAGCUCCCUUUUGUGCUCUUUGGGGAUCUCCCUGAAUUCAGGGAGUUACUGGGAAAUAAGCAAUGGAGACACACUCUGCUCCUGUUUACCUUGUACAGAAGGAACAAACCAGUUUUUCAGAGAUAACUCAUGUUCCACAGCUAAACAGACUCAAACACUCUACUUACUCUAACUGACUAGAGCUCUAGGCUUUAUUUUACAUUAAAACAUUACAUAAAGGCACCCUGAUGACAUCAGUACACGGCGAUAUGCCUCAUCUGCUCCUUCUCAAAACUUUCAAAACUAUCUGAAAACACACACACACAUACACACACACAGUGAGCAUAUUAACCUAUUUAUUUGGAAUUACAGUAUGAUCAACAUGUUCAUUUUUUGGACCUCAUUAGUUGAAAGUUAUUAUUGAUAAAUGUCAUAAGUGGAAAGUAUUGUUAAUUCUUACUGUCAUCAGUAUGUAGCCAUUAUUCAGUAGCUAAAGGAUAUCUUUACGUGAAUGUAUCUGUAUCUGAGAAUUACAAUUUCACUGUGUUAUGAAGUCAAAACCCUGCUUAUAAGAUUUGUCUGUAUCUUGUAUUGUAAUUGAAUAAUGAAACUAUAUUCAAGUAAUUGUAACAUUGAUCUCUUCCAAAAAUAAUAUGCUAGCAUUAAAAAAUUAUGUGGUAUCAUAAUAGGCACCUGUCAUUUAUUAUGAUUUGACUUUAAGUGGAUUUUCUAGAUAGUGCAUAUGUCCAGUUUAUUGAGAUUUUACUUCUCUGACAUAGAGGGGUACAUACCGUAGGCUAUUUAAAUAUUAGGCGUAUUCCAAGACUGUUUUAAAACCCCAAAACAUGAAAUAAUUCUUCCCACAACUAAAUAGAACAAUCUCAAGUCUUUCACACCAAGAGUUUUUAAAAACUUUCUAAAUGACCAAUAACUAUCAAAAUAAUACAGUAUCAUAUUAGGAUAUUAUAUUGUAUAUAAUACCAAGUAUUAUAGCUGCUUGAAUUCCUUGAAUGUUAUUCUGCCGUUAAUCAGAUGUGCUGAUUAACAUAUUAGUCGCAGGGCGCCUUGGUGGGUCAGUCAUUUAAUCAGCUGCCUUUGGCUCGGGUCAUGAUCCCAGGGUCCUGGGAUCCAGCCCCACAUCAGGCUCCCUGCUCCUCGGGAAGUCUGCUUCUCCCUCUCCCUCUGCCACUCCCCCCCACUCAUUCUCUCUCUAUCUCUCAAAAAAAAAAAACAAAACAAAACAAACAAACCAAAAACCAAAAACAAAAAAAACUUAAACAAACAAACAAAAAAACCAUAGUAGUGCAUACAGGCCCCUAUGCCCAGCUGCUAUAACAUUCUGUCUCUCUUGGGACAUCUUUGCAAUUCUCUUUAUUUCUAUCUUUUUCAAAAUUGAAAUGAACAAAAGAUGUUUACAUUGUCUGGCUUGUAUUUUAAAACUGGGAAAUACCUCCCGCAAGUCACACCUAUGUACUAGAAUAUCACUACCUCUGGUGGGACUUGCAGCCCCUUUGAGUACGGCUCCUGCUGCUCUUCCCGUCUUUGGGCAGGAAUCCUUCCUCCCCUGUGGCUAUCUUGGGCUUUCAGCUUGGGUUCUCAAUUACUCUUUCUUUCCUUGGGUUUCCCCAGUGGAUACCUCCUCUCCCCCUGACAGCACCAU